UUUUGUGUCAGAGACUCUGAGUAGUAGGAAAAUCCAGAAGUAGAACUGUAGAAGCACUCAACCUGGGGAAGAAAGAAGAAGAAAAACAAGGGCUUAAGCACUUCCCCUCCCUCUCUCACUGCUAGCUUUUGGGGCUUUGGGUAACCAUAAUUGAACUGUAUACUUUAGUCCAAGUGUAAGUAAUGACAUCAUUACCGUCGAAAAAUAUAUGGAUACGGCGGCAACAGUGCCCAUGUGGGGAUUGGAAAUGUUAUGUUUCAUAUGAGGGUGAUGCUGAAGAAACGUCCAUAGCAUCUCAAUUGGUAAAGAAUGAUAUGGUACCAUCGGAAUCUAUGGUUGCUCCUUAUGUUGGAAUGGUGUUUAAGAGUGAUGAUGACGCGUUUGAGUAUUAUGGCAAUUUUGCUAGAAAGAAUGGAUUUUCAAUUAGGAAAGAGAGAUCAAGACUUAGCCCGCAAUUGGGUAUUUAUAAACGCGACUUUGUUUGUUAUCGUUCUGGAUUUGCACCUGCAAAGAAAAAGCCUACCGGGGAGCACCAUAGGGAUAGGAAAUCGGUGAGAUGUGGAUGUGAUGCAAAAAUGUAUUUAUCGAAAGAGAUAGUUGAAGGUGUUUCUCAGUGGUUUGUUGUACAGUUCAGUAAUGUUCAUAACCAUGAACUUUUGGAAGAUGACCAAGUACGCCUCCUUCCAGCUUAUCGUAAAAUUCACGAGGCAGAUCAAGAGCGCAUACUGUUACUUUCUAAAGCUGGGUUUCCUAUUCAUCGUAUAGUGAAGGUGCUGGAGUUGGAAAAGGGGAUUCAAGGUGGGCAUUUACCAUUUUUGGAGAGGGAUGUCAGAAAUUUUGUUCAGAACCGUAAGAAGGUUGUUCAAGAAAAUGAUGCUUUGCUCACUGAAAAAAGGGAAAAUGAUACGCUGGAACUGCUGGAGGCAUGCAAGGCCACAAAAGAAACAGAUGAAGACUUUGUUUAUGAUUUUUCUGUGGAUGAGAAUGAUAAGGUUGAAAAUAUUGCUUGGUCCUAUGGUGACUCAGUUCAUGCAUACACCAUGUUUGGUGAUGUGGUUUAUUUUGACACCACUUAUCGAUCAAUCACAUAUGGAAUGCUUUUUGGAGCAUGGCUUGGCAUUGACAAUCAUGGUAGAACCAUAUUCUUUGGUUGUGUCCUGUUACAGGAUGAAACAUCCCGUUCCUUCUCAUGGGCUUUACAGACUUUUGUCCGUUUCAUGAGAGGAAGAUGUCCACAAACAAUUCUAACUGAUUUGGACCCUGGGCUUAUAGAUGCCAUAAGAAGUGAGCUACCAAACACUAAACAUGUCACUUCUAUAUGGAAUAUUAUCUCCAAACUACCAAGUUGGUUAUCUCUUCUGCUUGGAUCUCGCUAUGCAGAAUUUAAAUCUGAGUUUGAUGUGUUAUAUCAUGUGGAUACUGUGGAUGAAUUUGAUCUUCGAUGGAAUCAAAUGCUUUCCAUGUUUGGACUUGGUUCAGACAAACACAUUGCUUUACUCUUUUCUUUCCGGGCAUCUUGGGCACUAUCCUAUAUGAGAGGUUACUUUCUUGCUCGAAUGGCGACGACAGCAUAUUCAAAGUCUGUAGAUUCAUUCUUGAAAGGGGUUUUUAGUGCACAAACAUGUUUGCGUAGCUUUUUUGAGCAGGUUGGCAUUUCUGCUAACUUUCAAAAUCAUGCACAUGUAGCAAUGCAGUAUAUGCGUAUAAAAACAUGCAUACCCAUUGAAGAUCAUGCACGAAGCAUUCUUACGCCUUUUGCCUUCAAUGCUUUACAAAAUGAGUUGGUGAUGACCAUGCAGUAUGCAACAUCUGAGAUGGCUAAUGGAUCAUAUAUUGUACGCCACUUCAAGAAGAUGGAUGGAGAGCAUCUUGUCAUAUGGAUACCAGAAGAUGAACAGAUCCAUUGUUCCUGUAAGGAAUUUGAGUCUUCAGGAAUUUUGUGCAGACAUGCUCUUAAGAUACUUAUAGUAAAAAACUACUUUCAUCUUCCUGAUAAAUAUUUUCUGAGUAGAUGGCGCCGAGAAAGUUCUCCAGUUAUUUAUGAAGAUAAUUGUACUCAAAAUGGUGAGGAUGAAUGGUUUCAAGAAUAUCAUUGCCUUACUGAAACUCUAUUCUCAGAAUCAUCUAUUACAAAGGAGCGUUCUGAUUAUGUUCGUAUUGAACUCACUAAAGAGCUCACAAGGCUCCUUAAUGAGGUCAGAAACCUCCCAGAGAUUGAUGGAGUUGCUAUGGAUUUGACACUUUCCCCGACUUGUUGAUUUGAAGUGAAGGGUUCUAUGCAUGCUAGCAAAUGCAGCUUUAUUUUCAUCUAAUGGAGAGCAAAGAAAGGUGAAAGAAAGUAUGAGCAAAAGUUGAAGAAGGUGAAAAAGGGGGGACAAAAUGUUAAUGGAUUCUCAUUGACAACUUUCAAUCAGAAGAGUUAACAUUUUGAGAAGGGUUAACCAGAAGUGUAUAUUACAAUAUUUAUUGUUGUUCAAUAGCCAGCUGUGACUGUGGCUUCCUGGAUGAAUAAUUAGGCUGAAAGAAUGCAGAUGGGGUCAAUAGAUAUACAUAGGAAGGUGUACUUUGUCACAUGUCACAAUGUUCUUUUAGUAAUGAAGCAGAAGCAUAGUUUCUAUCU